AUGGCCAGAGACGGUGGCGUUUCUUGCCUACGGAGUUCAGAGAUGAUGAACGUCGGUAUCAGAGGAAUGGAAUCUCCACCGUUGGAUGUAGAUGAAGUUCAUGUCUUGGCUGUUGAUGACAGCCUCGUUGAUCGGAUUGUCAUUGAGAGAUUGCUUCGUAUCACCUCUUGCAAAGUCACGGCGGUAGAUAGUGGAUGGCGUGCUCUAGAGUUUCUAGGACUAGACAACGAGAAAGCCUCUGCUGAAUUAGAUAGAUUGAAAGUUGAUUUGAUCAUCACUGAUUACUGUAUGCCUGGAAUGACUGGCUACGAGCUUCUCAAGAAAAUCAAGGAAUCGUCCAGUUUCCGACAAGUUCCGGUUGUAAUAAUGUCGUCAGAGAAUGUCGUAACGAGAAUCGACAGAUGUCUGGAGGAAGGUGCGGAGGACUUCUUACUAAAACCGGUGAAACUCGCCGACGUGAAACGCCUGAGAAGCUAUUUAACCAGAGACGUUAAAGUUUCAAACGGAAACAAACGGAAGCUCCCGGAAGAUUCUGUUACCGUCAACACCUCGCUUCCUCCUCCACCGCCACCGUUGAUAAACUCGUCUGAUUCGUCGGACUCUUCUCCGCCGUUGACUAUCUCGCCUGAAUCGUCGGACUCUUAUUCGCCGUUAUCUCCCGUGGAGAUCUUUUCCUCGCCCCUCUCAUCUCAAUUAGACGAGGAAGAUGAUGUGUUGACAUCGUCGCCGGAGUCUUCACCGGCGCCGGAGGAAUCUCCGAUUCGACGGCAGAAGAUGGAAAGCCCCGGAUUAGAUUAAUAAAGCUUGUUUUUUUUUACUUAAUCCGUGUAAUAUUAUUCUCCGUUAACUUUUUUUACCUUUGACGGUGCUUUUAAUUGCACGUUGACUUGACGCCGUCAAUUUAUAGAUCUCCUAUUAAUCUCGUUCCACGUGGGCUUUUCUGUUUAUAAAAGCUUUUCGAAUUUCCUAUAAUGAUUUUAAUUAUCAAUGCAGAAAGUUAUGGUUUUGACUUUUUAAGUUAAAUUAAAGAGGAAAUGGUAGGGAAAAAAACCCUUCAUACUAUCUGCU